UAUUUUUUUGUGAAACAAAAAGGAUUAAUAAAGGAUAACUCCUGGAAGAAUUGGAAAAGCUUGGAGUGACACACACACACACAUAUAAAGUGAGAUAUAAAGAGAAAGAGAAAGAGAGAGAGUGCAAGUGGGUGAUACUGUCACGUUGCUUCAAUAAAACAGCAACAGUUGCCUUCAGACGGCGUGAGAGCCAGAGAGCGAGAACCGCAUUAUCAUAUUGCAAAAACAAAAAAAAAAACAACAACAAAAGUGUAAAAAAUCAGAAAACAAAACAAUCUCGUGGCCCCAACAACUUACAUAAACAACAACGUUCGUAACGGAAUGGCAACGUUUUAAAUGGCCUUGCUCAUUGACCUUCUUAGAACCGAAUUCACUAAACUAUCCUUGGGAUCAUCCCAAUAUAUAAAUAUUACCGCUACGAUUGGAAGUUCAGAGAACUUGAAUACAAUGGAGGGCGGCGAGUCGACGGAAUCGAAUCACAACACCAAGGUGUCCGAUUCGGCAUAUUCGAACAGCUGCAGCAACAGUCAGUCGCAGCGCAGUGGCAGCUCCAAAUCCCGUCUCAGUGGAAGCCAUUCGUCGGGCAGCAGCGGCUAUGGGGGAAAACCCUCCACGCAAGCGUCCAGCAACGAUAUGAUCAUAAAGCGCAACAAGGACAAGUCCCGCAAGAAGAAGAAGACCAAGGCCCAGACUCUGACACAGACCCAGGCCCAGGAACAGAGCCGGACCAGCAUAUCCCAAACCGGAACAAGCUCCUCGAAAGGCCGGACAGUCGGGCAGCAGUCAGAGGAGGGAAUCGCAACCACAUCCAGCUGCAGUGACCCGCAGAUGCGUACAGAUCCAGACCAGAAGCCGGGAGCUCGUCCCAGCAAGCUGGAGGAACGUCUUGGUGCCGGGGAGGAGGAGGAGGAGGAGGUAGAGGUAUCGGGCUCUGAGGAGGAGGCCGAGGGCGAGGAGUGCGAGGGCCGUGAAUCAAAGUCGGAGCCAGCACAGACCUUCCCCACACCCUCACCCAUGUCGGUGACCACCCUGCCCACAUCCCUGAUCGGCGGCAUUGGUGGCAACAGCUGCCACGUCGGAGUAUCCGGCACAGACUCGGGCAUCGGAGGUGGCGGCAAGUCGGAGAAGACCUGUGAGUCCGCCCCGGGAAAGCUGGAGACCGUGGCCGGAGUGGGAGGAGCAGCCGCAGCUGCCAGGGCCGAGCGCGUCAAGGAGGAAAGCUUCUGCUGCGUCAUCUCCAUGCACGAUGGCAUCGUCCUGUACACCACGCCCAGCAUCACCGACGUCCUGGGCUUUCCGCGCGACAUGUGGCUGGGUCGCUCCUUCAUCGACUUUGUUCACCAUAAGGAUCGCGCCACCUUCGCCAGCCAGAUAACCACUGGCAUUCCCAUCGCCGAAUCUCGGGGCAGCACCCCCAAGGACGCCAGGAGCACAUUCUGUGUGAUGCUGCGUCGCUACCGUGGCCUCAACUCUGGAGGAUUCGGAGUGAUCGGACGCUCCGUCAGCUACGAACCCUUCCGCCUGGGACUCACUUUCCGGGAGGCACCCGAGGAGGCCAGGCCGGACAACUACAUGGUCUCCAACGGCACCAACAUGCUCCUCGUCAUCUGUGCCACGCCCAUCAAGAGUAGCUAUCGUGUUCCCGACGAGAUCCUCUCGCAAAAGAGCCCCAAGUUCGCCAUCCGGCACACGGCCACUGGCAUCAUCUCCCACGUGGACAGCGCGGCGGUGAGCGCCCUGGGGUAUCUGCCGCAGGACCUUAUCGGCCGCAGCAUCAUGGACUUUUACCAUCACGAGGAUCUGGCCGUCAUGAAGGAGACCUACGAGACGGUGAUGAAGAAGGGCCAGACCGCCGGAGCCUCCUUCUGCAGCAAGCCGUACCGCUUCCUGAUCCAAAACGGAUGCUACGUCCUCCUCGAAACAGAGUGGACCAGCUUCGUGAAUCCCUGGUCGCGCAAGCUGGAGUUUGUGGUCGGCCAUCAUAGAGUUUUCCAGGGACCCAAGCAGUGUAAUGUUUUCGAAACAGCUCCCAUCUGCAAGCUAAAAAUCUCAGAGGAGGCCCAGGGCCGGAAUGCCAGAAUCAAGGAGGAUAUUGUCAAGCUACUGGCGGAGACUGUGUCUCGUCCUUCGGACACGGUCAAGCAGGAGGUGUCUCGUCGCUGCCAGGCCCUGGCCAGCUUCAUGGAAACCCUGAUGGACGAGGUGUCGCGGGCGGAUCUCAAGCUGGAGCUGCCGCACGAGAACGAGCUGACCGUCUCGGAGCGGGACAGCGUGAUGCUGGGCGAGAUCUCGCCACACCAUGACUACUACGACAGUAAGAGUUCCACGGAGACGCCGCCGAGCUACAACCAGUUGAACUACAACGAGAACCUGUUGCGCUUCUUCAACAGCAAGCCCGUGACCGCGCCCCAGGAGUUCGAUCCGCCAAAGGUCGCCGCAGCCUCCGGCGCCCACGAGUCGCCCUAUGCGGAUGCCCAUCGCAGCAACCUGAGCCCGGUGCACGGAUUCGGCUUCGAGGGAAGCGGCGGCAGCGGCUCGUCCGGCAACUUCACCACCGGCAGCAAUGUCCACAUGAGCAGUGUGACCAAUACGAGCAAUGCGGGAACCGGAGGAACAGGAACCAAUACAGGCACCAACACCGGAACAGGUACCGGGACAGGAACUGGGACGGGCACAGGCACGGGAACAGGGACGGGAACUGGAACGGGAGUCGGGACAGGGACAGGAACGGCGACGAAUGAAACAGCUGGUCCGAGCACCACCACAACCACGGCGACCAGGAGCACCACCACAGCCACCGCCGCCUCGCCGCCCGUUACCCUCACGGAGUCCUUGCUGAACAAGCACAACGACGAGAUGGAGAAGUUCAUGCUGAAGAAGCAUCGGGAGUCGCGCGGCAGGUCCGGAGACAAGUCGAAGAAGUCGGCCAACGAAUCCUCCACCCUCAAGAUGCUGGAGUACAGUGGGCCGGGACACGGGAUCAAACGCGGUGGCUCCCACUCCUGGGAGGGCGAGGCAAACAAGCCGAAGCAGCAGCUGACCCUGAGCAGUGUCGGCGUGGGCGUGGGCAUGGGCAUGGAUACGCCCAAGGCAGUGCCCGGAAACAGUGCAGGAGUUGGACCCGGAGGCGCCGGCGUGGCGGGAGGAGGACUAGGCGGCGGUGGAGGUGGCAUCUCCGUGGGAACAGGCACAACUGGAAUAGGAGCCGGAGUCAAUCCCGGGAAUGGCUCCGUGGGCAGCUCCACGCCCGGACCCUCCGCCUCGCAGUACCAGACGACCAGCAUGUCCUGCACCCAGAACAUUAAUCUCUGGCCACCGUUCUCCGUGGGGAUCACCACGCCGGUUCACUCCACCCACACGGCCAUGGCCCAGAGCAGCUUCUCCUCGGCAGCCGGACUGUUCCCCACCUUCUACUACAUACCGGCUGCCUCGCUCCCGCCCUCCGCUGGAUCCAAGCAGCAGCAUCCCCACCAGCACGGCCACACCCACACGCAUCCCCAUUCGAAUCCCCACAAGAGCGUGGACCAGCCGAGCACCUCGCAGCAGGCGGCGGCAGCAGCUGCGGCCACCAUGCCGCUCCAGUACAUGGCCGGAGUGAUGUAUCCGCAUCCCUCGCUCUUCUACACCCACCCGGCGGCGGCGGCAGCGGCCACUGCGAUGAUGUACCAGCCGAUGCCGUUCCCCGGAAUGGCCAAUGCCCUCCCCAUUCCCCAGGAGCCGGUGAACGGAGGCAAUGCAGGGCAGGGCGGUGGCUUCGGAAAGAGCGUUUUCUCGCCUCAACAAGUGGUGGGGCCGCCACAAGCCUCGACCACCAAGGGACCCAUGCCCGGAGCCUUCCACUCGAUCACACCCAGCCAGAGAUCCGCCUCGCAGGCCACCUCCGUGAAGGCAGAGCCGGGCUCGAAUGUGGCUCCCUCCGAGUCCUCGAAGAAGGAAGUUCCAGACUCGCCCAUUCCCUCCGUCAUGGGUGACUACACCUCGGACCAGCCCUGCAGCAGCAAUCCCACCAACACCAAGAAAUACACCGACAGCAAUGGGAAUAGCGAUGACAUGGAUGGCUCCAGCUUCUCCUCCUUCUACUCUUCGUUUAUCAAGACCACGGAUGGAUCGGAGAGCCCGCCGGACAACGACAAGGAUGCCAAGCACCGCAAGAUAAAGAGCAUCAAUUCAUCGGAUAGCAAGAUCAUGGAGCACCCGGAGGGUGACCAGACCCAGCACGGAGACGGAUAGCUAAACCCGCGGGUGCUGCUGACCGAUGUACACAACCGGGUGCACAAUGUGACCGAUGUGGAACCCUAGGCGAUCCCCACUGAUCCCGCAAGCAGACACCUAAAACACCAAGGGAUCACAACAAAGUUUACCCAACCGUACAAACAAAUUCCACACUAUAGACUGGACUAGAGGGACGACAGUGUCCCUCAGCAAUUAUCCUUCAAGAAUCACCACAAAGGAAAGAAAAAAACAGCCUCAAAACAUUAAAAUUUGAAGUUC